CUAGCAUAUGUGCUGUGUUGUAAUCUCACGUGACUAUCAGUUGGAACAAAACAAGAUAUAGUGUUACACUGAGUGUCAGAAGACAGUUUUCUUCAAAUCGCCGCCAUGAUGUGGGGGUUUGCCAGCGUGACCUGCUUCGCCGUAUUGAUCACUUCUGUGGUAACAACACCAAAGAAAGGCACAGCUUUCACCACGAAGCACCCGACCUGCAACGACACCCAGACACUGUCAGACAUCAGCUGGUGGUAUAGCUGGGGAACGAGUGACAACAAGCUCCAUGAGAUGGGGUGCCCUGCCAGAGGGGAGUUUGUACCCAUGUUCUGGGGAGGAGGUCAUGUCGCCAAUGUUAACCUACCCAGCUCCGCACGCCAUGUCCUCGGUUUCAACGAACCCAACGCGAGGCACCAAGCCCACAUGACGCCCAAAGCAGCCGCCUCCCACUGGCAUCAAUUGGAGUCUGUUGCCAUGGGCAAAUCCCUUAUCAGCCCCGCUCCAGCCCGAUGUAAAGUCCAUGGCAACAACUCCAACUGUGUCAUGGAUCCAUUUGAUUGGCUGGACGAGUUUUUCAAAGAAUGCGCAGGCUGUAAAGUCGACUACGUUGCCGUUCACAGCUACACCUGCGGCGCCGACAAUGACAUGCGGUUCCUGGAGACAGUCCACAACCGUUACAAGAAACAGGUCUGGUUGACGGAGUUUGCUUGUCCCUACACAACUUCUCUCACCCAUGUUGAGAAUUACAUGAAAAGGCUUAUACCAAGAUUAGAAAGUGCUCCGUUUGUGGCUCGCUAUGCCUGGUUUGGGAACCGUAUUGUCAAAGACGGCUCGUUCAUCCACAAAGUCAACGCGUUGCAUGAAGACAGCUCUGCUAAGCUGACGGCGCUGGGAAGGCUGUAUAAUACUCUUCACUAAAUCAUCUGAGUCCAAAUGGUUGUAAUGUAAUUUAAGAUAUUUGAUCUGAAAUGAUUAACCUUUUCCAAUAAAUCAUUACAAUGA